AUGCUUGACAGGCUCUGUCGGCAGGUCGAAGAGGUGGCCCUCUCGAUCGUCCAGCAUAGCAAAGAGCUGUCGGCCCUCGUGAACCAGCCGCGAUCGCAAGAGGAGCUGGAGAAGACCGUGAUCCAGACCGCCAAGGCCGCCGCCAAGGACACCGCCACUCUGGUGGACCUCAUCAACAGCGCCCCCAACACCAGCGUACAGGCCAAGCGACUUCAGCUGAACCUCCUCAAAAACGCGGGCCGAGAGUGCUCCACCGCCGUACUCAACCUUAUCGGCUCCACCAAGAACGCCAUCAAGGGCAUCAACAAGAGGUACUCCCUGCCACCGGGCCAGAUCCAACAGGCGCUGGCGUCGAUGGGCCACAAGCGCGCCAGCGGCAACUGGACUGAGCCCACGACGAAGGUGGCCGACGAGGUGGUACAAACGCUGGCUGAAAAGUACCCAGAGAUUCGUGGGAUGCGAAACGAAAUGGUCUCCACGAUCAGCCAGGAGCUGAGCGUCGAAGGUUCGACAGAGUCAUCAGGCGAUUUCGAAACGGGCGAGAGGCUGCUCAGUUCGGGAGGCAGCGAGUUCGAACCGCGAACCGAGCUGGAGAAGAUCGUGGCGCUGGAGAACUACAUGGAGUGGCGUAAGGACACCAUGACGCGCCGACAGGCCAACAAGGCCAAGGGCAUCGUCGACGAGAUUAGCGCGCGAAGACUGACCCUCAGAUACUCGAUGGCAUCGUUCAACUCGGAUCUGCCGGCGAUGUUGGUGGAGGAAGAGCGCGCGGACACCAACAUGUGGGACGACCCGCCAGAGAGCCAAACGACUGACAUCAGAUUCGAUGAGAGGAAGGUGAUCGUGGCCGGCUCUCUCAAUCGACUGAUCGAGUCUCUGACAUCUGUGGAAAACUACGACAGCAAUUUUUUGCACACGUUCAUUACGACGUAUCAGUCGUUCACAACGCCGCACAAGCUGUUCGAAAAGCUGCUGCAGAGGUACCACGUGCCGGAGGGACGGGUGGAGGAGAAGAUGAAGGAAGCGAUCCGGCUUCGGGUGUCGGUGGUGCUCAAGUACUGGGUGGCUACCCAAUUUUCCGACUUGGACGAGGACAUGAUUGCGAAGGUGUACAAUUUUGUGGAUAAUACGCUCAAGAACGACGGCUACGAGGAGCUGGCCGCCAUGCUAAAGAAGGAGAUCACCACAAAGCUGCUCAACCAAUCGUGGAACAGCACAAAGCUGGCAUACAGGGCUCCGAACGUGCGAGCGAUGAUCAAUCGAGCCAACAGCGUGUCGUUCUGGGUGGCCAAUAUGAUCCUGCUGCAGGAGAAGGCCAAGGACCGCAAGAAGGUCAGCGAGAAGUUCAUCCAGCUCGCCGAGUGCCUGCGAAAAAUAAACAACUUCAACACACUGAUGGGCAUCAUCGCCGGCCUCAACACUGCCUCGGUAAACCGGCUCAAGGCGAUCAAGACUGAUAUGUCGAAGAAGCUGCUCUCCUCGUUCCAAAAGAUGGAAACGCUGAUGCACCCGCAAAGCGCGUUCAAGAACUACCGCGAGAGUCUUCACGAGGCCAGCCCGCCCUGCAUUCCCUAUCUGGGCGUGUACCUGACGGAUCUGACCUUCAUCGAAGACGGCAAUCCGGAUGAAUCGGAGGGCCUUGUAAACUUCUACAAG